AUGACAGCCACAUCUGAACAUCUCCAAGCCUUUGCGCCCCUCAGUUGGGCCACACCAUACCUUACAUCUCCCCAAUGGAUGGUUUGCGACCGCGAACGAGGGUCCGAGCCUGGGGAAGAUACGGACCGAUUCUGUCGUGACACAAUGCGCGCAAACCACGGUGUGCAACACUGGGUCGAGCUACACGAGCGGCCUAGUAACCCCGGCGGAAAAAUUAUGAAGUCAAUUUCUCUAAUAAAGUUUGGCACGGGCCUAAACGGCUUUCCUGGAAUUUGCCACGGAGGGGCACUCUUCACGCUCAUGGACGAAGCAAUGUGCUACAUUGUUGUUGCGAACACGGUGGUUGAGCACGGGGUCGCAUUCAUGAAGGCUGGCGAGGAGCAAUGGCGACUCCAACUUUUCCACGGUAAAUCGGCACAAGAAGUUCUUAAGGGCCGUUUGGUAACGGCAAGCAUGGACACCAGGGUGCUAGUCCCGGUGCUUUGUCCAGGAAUCGUAGGCAUUGAGACGGACGUUUUGGAAGAUAAGGGAAACAAGAUGCGGAUAAGAGCUAUUAUGAGGGAUCGACAGGGCAAGCCCGUCGUUCAAGCCGAGGGCUUGUGGGUGCGAGUAGGAGGUGCAGCAAAGUUGUAA